AUGACUUGCACACUUCAGUCUCCAUGCCCAGGCUUGGAUUUUUUUCGACGAACCAUAUCUUUCCCAGUUCAACUUAGAUUCACCACACUAUCCACUAGCACGAAGCCGAAUCAGCUAUCCGAACUAAAUCAGGAGCUGGCUUUUACGUCUCGUGAUGUAUUUAAUAUUAACUCAUCGCUAUAUCAACUUCUCCACGAGUCCAUUAUCUUCGGAAUGAAGGCACUUGCUGGCGGGCGGCGCCACAUCCUGCUUCUACGACAGCUUCCUGUUUCUAGGGAAAGCUCAGACGGUCAGCUCACCUAG